AUGGUGGACCCUGUUGUGUCCCAUCCCAGCGAAGAUAUGUACAACCCACACGACCCUGUCACAGAGCUCGAAGUCAAGCAAGUGGAGCACGAACUUCAUGAGGUCGUUGAUGAUCGCAUUGACGAUCCCAACAUGGAUCCGGGGUUUGUUCGUGCGGCGGAAGAAGCAAUGGAAGAAGGUGACAUCAAGCACGAGGUGGAACUCGGCCAGCUUUUGGAAGAGGACUCGCCAUACCCCGAAGUGCGAUCGUCUAUCAGCAAUGUCGACGACCCUGAUAUGCCUGUGCUUACGUUCCGCUCGAUGCUCCUCGGUCUCAUUACAGUGAUUGUUGUGCCCGGUUUGAACCAGUUCUUGUACCUGCGUUUCCCUUCCACCACGAUCACUCCCUAUGUGAUUACCAUUGUUGUCUAUCCCUUUGGUCAAUUCAUGGCGUGGUGUCUGCCCAGGUGGACAUGGCAUACCCGGAUUGGUAAAAUCACGCUGAACAAUGGACCAUUCAAUGUCAAGGAGCACUCUCUAAUCUCAAUUAUGGGUUUGAUGUCGUACCAAUCUGCUUAUGCAGCCGGUAUCCCUGCCGUGCAAAAGUUUACGUACGAUAUGCAGGACUGGGGUUAUGGAUAUGGCAUUCUGCUGAUCCUCAGUACGCAGCUUCUUGGCCUUUCUUUUGCUACCUUUUGUCGCCGAUUCUUGGUAUGGCCAGCGUCCAUGAUCUGGCCUAACAAUUUACCUCGCGCUGCGCUGUUGAACUCUAUGCAUGGUAUCAAGUCUGACACAUUCACUGGCAUGAGUCGCAUCAAGUUUUUCUGGAUCAUGUUCGCCAUUCUUUUCUGCUACCAAUUCUUCCCUACGUAUAUUUUCGUCAUGCUCAGCAUCGGUAACUGGUUUACUGUUAUUGCUCCAAAGAAUGUUGUCCUCAAUCAAAUUCUUGGGACUUCGAGUGGAUUGGGUUUGCUGCCAUUCACGUUCGACUGGACUGUAAUUUCUUACGCUGUUGCACCCCUUGCUACUCCGUGGUGGACACAAGCCAAUUUGUUGGUGGGCUUCAUUAUCUUUUUUGUUAUUGUAUGCCCGGCCAUGUACUAUACGAAUGUGUGGAAUGGAAAGUAUCUGCCUAUGUUCAGUACAACAUCGUUUGACCGCUUUGGCAAGAAGUACGAUGUCUCCCGUGUCGUCCAGAAGAUGGCUCCGGGAAGCAUGUCGGCCCCUAUGUUUGAUGCCGAGGCCUAUAACAAUUACUCCCUCAUUUAUUUGCCAUCGGCAUUGACAGUCAGCUACUUUCUUUCAUUCGCUUCUGUCACGGCGGUUUUGGUACAUGUGGGUCUAUUCCAUGGCAAACAGAUUUGGCGUCAAGUACGCAGCAACCCAUUGUCAGCGAAUGACGUGCAUUUGCGCCUCAUGUCUAAGUACAAGGAAACGCCUUUCUACUGGUACUUUGCCCUGUUCUUGGCCGCAUUUGGCAUGGGUAUCGGAGCUGUGGAAGGCUGGCCGACAGGUCAUCCAUGGUGGGCCUUCAUUGUCGCUAUUGCUAUUGGCGUUGUCUUCCUGCUUCCCAUCGGGACAAUCAUGGCCAUUUCAAACCAAGAAGUGGGCUUGAAUAUGAUAUCUGAGUUGAUUGUUGGCUAUAUGCUCCCAGGACGUCCCAUUGCUAUGAUGAUUUUCAAAACAACAAUGUACAUGAUUACAUAUCAAGGUAUUCAAUUCCUUCAGGACCAGAAACUAGCACACUACAUGAAAAUUCCCCCUCGCAUUGUGUUUGGAGCCCAAGUGUUUGCCACAAUUGUAGGCGGUUGCGUUCAACUGGCCGUACAGGACUGGGCCUUCAGUAAUAUUAAUGACAUCUGUCAACCGAACCAGGCAAACAAGUUCAAUUGCGCCUCUUAUACUGUGUUUGGUACCGCCAGUAUUAUUUGGGGUCUGAUCGGCCCCGGUAAUAUGUUCAGCCCUGGCAAGAAGUACAAUGAUCUCAUGUGGGGCUUUUUGGUGGGAGCCGUGGCACCCAUUCCCAUCUGGCUGCUUGCCAAAAAGUUCCCUAAAGGCCGGUUCCAUUUGAUCAAUCUACCUGUGCUGUUUACCGGCACAGGUCUAAUUCCGCCUGCGACGGGUGUCAACUACCUUUCUCCCAUUGCUAUUGGCUUCCUGACCCAAUACCUCUGGAAGCGCUACCGUUUCAAGAGUUGGUUCAAGUACAACUACAUUCUCUCAGCGGCAUUGGAUGGUGCCUCUGCUAUUGGAGUGGUGUUCAUUUUCUUCGUGCUUCAGUACGUUCAUGGUCAAAACGAGAAUGCACCGAACCAGCACUUCUAUUUGAAUGGAUGGUGGGGCAACACGGCACCGUUUAGUACACUGGAUGGUGGUGCUGAGUUUGAUGAUGUCCCUCACUUCGCUGUCUAUCAGCUAGCUAAGGGAGAGGCCUUCGAGGGUACACCCCUUCAAGUAGGCUUGCCAGCUGCGUAA